CCAGGAAGGCCCGUGCGCCGCGCGUCGGUUGAGUCUCGUUGGAUCAACCAACCAGGAAGGUCGGACCGAGCUGAAGCAGCUGUCGGUGAGGGGUACACUCGGUAUACUUGCAAUUCGAUUUGUGGUUAUCCGCUGAACAAGAUAUCGCGGUGUCUAUUUAUGUCGCCCUCGUCACCCGAGGAAGCCGACGUACGUCGUUACGGGGGUGUAGACGGUAACGAAAUAACUCUCAGCGAGUCCAGGACUUGGAGAAACAACAAAGUGAUAGAGUUCACGCUACGCAAUGACAGUCUACACAGGAUACAGCUUAACCUGUUGUUUUUCUGCUUGACACUGUUUCUAGGCAAACUGAGCGACAGCCUGACCAUAGUCAGCCUCUCAGUCGUUGCUUUGACCCUCCAUUGCAGGCACAUCACCACCUCCAUUGAUUUUGAUACACUGUUGGUAGUAGAGUCGGUGGGAGUACAAAUAAAUAGUAGAAAAAUAUUUUCCGGCUUCAACUCCAGUCAAUAUCUACCUUGGACCACUGUCAAGGACGUCUUCAUCAACGAGGUUAUAUCCGGGCAAAGGGUGCUGUACUUCUUGACUUUCAUAGUCGAGGAAAACGUCAACGGUGAAAAAACGACCAGACUGGUUCCUUUGUUUCGAGAAUUGAAACCAUCGAAAGAAUGCCUGGAAUACGUAUAUCGGGUAUUGGCAAGUCUGAUAGGACCGGUCAAGUGCAGGCCCAGCCCACCUUGAAUGUUCCUGGCUCGUAUUGGCUCUCCAACAAGCAGAACAUAUACAAGUUCACCUUUAAAUAUAACGAACCUACAAGGUAUACGAAAGAAUUUCCCUACAAAGAGGAAUUGAUGAAAAUUAUCAGACGAAUCAUAAAAAGUCAACCCAGUCAAGGUGAACUGAGCACUGUGCACCUUUCAAUAACUUACAAACACACGUUUUGGACACGACAGGACAAGAUGUUUGCGAUGCUGAAGUUUUGCAAUCGACAAGGUGCCGCAGCUUUUCCUCAAGCAUUUAUUCUAACUAUUUCUAUUGUGGACAAUAUGGCAAAUCAGACAUCCGGACCCAGGAUCACCCAGGGUGAUCUGGAUUUAAGGUGCCCAAAUAGCAACGUAUUUCAAUCAUCGACAGUCUUAUCCAGUCCUGUUGCAACGACCGUGUCUGACAAAACCAUUCUUCCAUGGGCUGAGGCUAAUAUCAAUCGUACAAGACUUUCGAGACAUCCAGGCUGUAACAACGAGCUGACAAAGACAGAAAUCGUGGCUGUUGACGUAAGUGCUAGCAAGAGGACUUUCGCAGGUAGUGAUUUUGACGGCUUUAGAAAUGUUCACGAAUCAUUGGAAGGUACGACGACUAAGUGUAUAAGUGGAGUCGGGAUGCAGUGGCUAGAUACACGGACGACUAUACAGAGCCAGGUUAAAAAGUAUCAUAACACACAAUUAGUAACCGCAGACGACAGUGUGGAAUAUUCGCAGGACACCUACAGUGCUCAUCCGCGUACAGAGCGGGACGAGUUGUCAAAUAUCCAGGUAACGGGUAACACAAACAAGGACAAAGGUGACCAAGAAAUCGAGGGUUUGAGAAAGGAAUCUCAGCAAAUUUAUCCACGGUCAUUGAAUAUCACCGAUCUAGUCAUGGGAGGUUUAAUGUUCACCAUCAAACAGGAUGAGAACAAUGUCAAAGUGGUGGAACAGAGAACGAAAAUGGAAUUGGAUGAAGUUUUAGAGAACUCUGAAAAAAUUGAAACAAAAGAGGGUUCAAGAUGCUUGGUAAAUUCUAGUCUGCUUGGAUUGGAGAACCUUGUGACCAAUAUUGAAAUACCCGACAGUCACCUGAAAAUCCUAAGAACCACCAAUAUCAGUCCCACGGUCGACUACGAAACUUUCUUGCCUUACGAUAUACGUGAGAAUCGUGGAGGCAUGGCCACCGGAGGAGUCCUGCCAGUCCGAUCCAGUGUUGAUGAUGAGAGGACUGAUCUUAUUCGUUGCAACAGUCAAAGUUUGAUGGAAAGCUAUAAUGACAUCGACAACGUCGAUAUCAGCAACGCUGAUAAGAAUGGCAAUAAUAAGAAUAUUAAUGACAACGACAAUAAUAACAAUUACAAUAUUAACACCAGUAUCAAUAACAUCACAGCGAGCAAUGUUCACAUAGACAUGUGGAAAUUAUUACACGACAUGACCCGAGGUGCGAAAGUUGUGGUCGAACGUAUCAGCGAUGCUGAUGUGAGGAAUGCGAAGAAACCUUUGACGAACCAGGAAUCCGCAAAUACAGGCAGCUCUGCAUGUACUUUACCUAGCAGCAUAAAUCGACGAUGGUUAGAAAUGUAAUUCAGCAACUGCAAACGCGCAAAUAUAAAGAACAGAAGUAUAGAAGGCGGGCUUUCAAGUGAGCAAAUUAUACAGAGGUCUUAGAUAUUUUCACCAUACGAAAUUAAUACGGUAGUACUUGGCACAAUGGAAGUGCGAUAAAUCUGUAUAAAAGGGCAUUUACGUGUACAGUCUGUAGAAGGAGGUGAAUUGACAAUAUCGUAUGUUUGAAUUUUAUUCAAUUCUUAUUCAGUAGGUAUGGAUUUCAUGGUUCACUGACGGUCAAAAAGUAUCCACAACUGUGUAAGGCAUGGUUUUGUAUUUCUUAAAAUUAGCAAUAUUUCGUAAUUAUUGGACAAUCAAGGGAAAACUAUCACGUUGUACAGUAUCGGAUUGCCUUAAUAUAAAGUAACAGUUUUUAAGAAACAUUACGCUAUACCUGUGUAAAUAUAAAAAUUUGAAUAUAUCGAUAGAAUUCCGUGAAACGGAAAUGUUACGUUCAAGCGUGGGCCAAACGAUAGUUGCGUCGGGUAGCUUGGAUCAGUACAGUUCACGAAAUCCUCUCGGUAAAUCGAUAAACUGGUCCGCUAAGAGAUUCAAAUACAUUACGUUACUUCAGCAACGGCCGUAAUGAGUAAAUCCUCAAAAUUAUUCAACGUGUUUGAUUUUUCUACUAAUAAAUUGUUCCCAACAUGAAA